UUCUGAAGUGUAAACAAACGCGCAAUUAGUUGUUUUUGUCGUGUUUCUAAGAAGAAAGUGUCUUUCCCAGGAUGAUCUCGAUAUCUGAUCAUUCUGAUGCGGAUCCGCCGAUGCAGAAGCGCAAGAGUAGCUGGUGCGCCAAGCACAGCGACAUGGACGCCACUGCGAUGUCGGUGGACUUCACCGGCCAGUGGGUGCUCCUGGCGGGACGUCGCCACUUGGCGCUGCAGAGCCUGCAACGGCCCGAGGAGGAGGAUGAGGUGUUGCAGAAGUUCCAGCGCAAUUCCAAAUACGAGGUGUCGACGGCGAAGUUCGCCAUCUGCAGCCACAGCCAAGAGCUCUGCGCCAUCGCCACGAGCCAGCUGAUCGAGGUGGUGACCUGGGAGUACCGAGACCCGGUGCUGAUCCACUCCCUGCGCGCGCACACGCGCGUGGUGACGGACAUUGACUGGCACUCGCGAGAGCCCCACCUGCUGGCCAGCUGCUCCACAGACACCUUCACGCACUUGUGGGAUUUGCGCGAUCCGCGGAAGCCCAUGAUGUCCUUCAGCACGGUGUGCAUGUCUGGGGCCACGCAAGUGGGCCUCAAUCGUGUGUCCGGAUACUUGGUGGCCACGGCGCACGACGGAGACUUGAGGAUCUGGGACCGGCGCAAGGGUUCCUCCCCCAUUCAGUACAUUACCGCGCAUUCGGCGCGCAUCCACGGCAUCAACUGGAGUCACCGCCACGAGAGUCAGCUCACCACGGCAAGCCAGGACGGCACCGUGAAGUACUUCGACAUCAACAACGUGCGGUCGCUGGAGAAGAUGAUCAAGGUGUCGUCGCCAGUGUGGCGAGCGAGAUACACGCCCAGCGGAGACGGGCUGCUCACCGUCGUGGUGCCGCACUCUGGACACGACGAACUGAGCAAUCUGCAGCUGUGGAGCAACUCCAAUCAGCGCACGCCCGUGUGCACCUUCCUGGGCCACACGGACGUGGUGCUGGACUUUGCGUGGCGCCCCAACAUGGACAUGGAGCUCAUCACGUGGUCGCGCGAUCGCACACUGCGCCUCUGGCGCAUCGACGAGGACAUCCAGAAGCUGAUCAAUCGUGAGGACAGUGCUUCUGACAAGAUAGACGACAUCAUCCUGGAUGAUUGUGUGCCGGCAGCGAAGAAGAAGCCCGCCAAGCGCGAAAAUGACUCUCCGCCGUCGUGUUCGCUGCAGCACGAGUUCUCCCUGCUCAACACAAACAUCCCUCACAUCGAAGUGGAAGAUCUGGAUCCCAUCAAGCGCGGCGCUACAGCUCAGAUCUCCGCCAACGGUCACAUCAUCGUCCUACAGGUGUUCUUCCCCACAAACUACCCGAAUGUGCCUCCGCAGUUCACUUAUCUGUCCGGCACGUCCGUGGACGACACCCUCUCGGCCCAGCUGAUGCGCGUCCUGCGGCAGACAGCGAACCAGCGCGUGAAGAAGGGAAAGACUUGCCUGGAACAGUGCCUGAGAGCGCUCGUGACGGUGCUCAAGAAGACCACGAGCGGCGGAGACAAGAGUUACCUGCGCCUUCAGUCACCAAGACUGGAGGGCGCGCUCAGUGGGGCGCUUCAUGACGCCUGUGUGCCAUUCCCAAAGACUUCAGGGGCGCGCUUCUCCAGCGUGGGCAUCCUCGUGACUUUCGUGCAGCCGUUGAACACGAAGAGGAUCAGUCUGAGGCACCAAACGACGACGCCCAGGGCCUUGUCGGCUCUUAGCGGAGGAUACCUGGGCAAUGUGAUGGGCUCACUGCCCGUCCUCUACGCGCCGCGCGAUGGCAACUCUUCGGCUUUCUACCUUCAGGAUCGCGUGAGGAAAACCUCACGACACCGUCUUGGAGCGCAACAGAAAAUGUUCUCAAGUGACGUGAUGAUCUAUGAUCUGUCCAAACACCUUCACGUGAGUCGUGAAUUGGCAGAAAGAUACGUGAUCAACACGGACAAUGUGGCGGAAAUGUGCAAGACGAACAGAAUGAUCGCUGAGGAGCACGGAAGGAGUGAUUUGGUGCAAUGCUGGUCGCUGGCCGAAAUGAUUUCCACUCCCGUGAUGGACGUAGAAACGGACGAAGACAUGUUUUACUCGCAAAAUCCCUUCUCGCGCAACCUUUUAGAGUCCCUGAUUCUCCACUUUGCGAAGAGUCGUGACAUCCAGACGGCCGCGAUGCUCUGCUGCACGUUCGGGAGGCACUGCCCGCCAUCCGAGAUGUCCAGAAGCUCGAGUUCAAGCAGCAAAUCCAUCUCACAAAGUCACUUGCUUGGUCAUCGCAAAAUUAAGCCCAGCGGCUCGCCAUAUCACACCAUUCUGCCUCUGGACACGACGAGCAGUCACGUGGGUCACCAGGAGUGGCAUCUGGUCACACAGCUGAAGAACCUGCGCAGCAACUCAUGGUCGGACUCCCUGGAUGACUGCAAGGCAGCGGGAAACUACGUGAACAAGAGUCUCCUUGGCGACACGCAGCGGCACUUCCACGACGUCCUGAAGAGCGCCUACGCGGAGAUGCUCUAUCGCUGGGAUUUGCUGGUGCAGCGCGCCAAGGUGCUCAAGUAUCUCAGCGCGCCGCCAGAAUCACCUCGUGGUGUGGACUUCGUCACGGAGUGUCUCCUUUGCAACCGUAACUCACCCUCGGUGAUUCCCUUCUGCAGCAACUGCCAUCGGCCACUUCUGCACUGCGCUCUGUGCCGGCUGCCAGUGCGCGGGGCGGCGAAUGCGUGCCUCCAAUGCGGCCACGGCGGACACACGCUGCACAUGAUGGAGUGGUUCUCCAAAUAUGACGUCUGCGCGGCCGGCUGCGGAUGUCGCUGCCUCCAGGAGACAACAUUUACCAAUGAAUACCCCAGGAAGUGAGAUUAUUUGUACAUAUAGAAGGGAAUUGUAAU